AUGGCAACGGAUUUUUUCGCCCUGUGCGACACGUUCAGGCUCGAACGGGACGAUGGGAAACGCACGACGAACGUUGAACCGUCGAGACCGUUGAGCGAUAAAGUGGAUAAAGUCAUGGUUGGAGGCGACGACGAUCACGAGGUAUCGUGCUCGAGCGAGCGAGCGAGAGAGGUUGACGAGAACGUGUUCGAUGAAGCGUGGGAGCGUCUGCGCGAUUGGCGAGACGGAAAAGACGGCGAAGCGAGCGUGGAUGAGUUUCACUCGUUGGUCGUCUCUCUGGCUGCGCGGCCGCAGGCGCGGUUCCAAUGUCUCGUCGCGGCACUGAUGAGCGUGCAGUGCCUCGACCGAGUCGCGUUGAGGGCUUUUCAGCGAUUGCGAGAUGAUCACAUGAGCGGUGAUGUCACGAUAGAGCGCGUUCGGAAGAUGGACAGAGCCACGCUCGAGUCAGCACUGAAAACGCUCAACUUGUGGCGAGCAAAAGCAAAAUACAUUAAGGAGUGCUCGGAGGCUAUCCAUUUCAAGUUCCGCGAUACCGUACCAAGAACUGUGGGCGCGCUUAAGACAUUACCUGGCGUGGGGGACAAACUCGCGCACUUGGUCGCGUCCGUAAGCUACGACGAGAGUUCUGCGCAGUAUGCCGGCGUCGUCGUCGACACACACGUCCAGAGAGUCUCCAGAAGGUUGGGAUGGGUAGGAAAAUGUGAUGAUCCCGAGCGCGUGCGUAUGAAACUGCAGGCCAGAGUGCAUCGCGACGAUUGGGAGGAGCUCACGCUCGGUUUGAUUGCGUUAGGACAGAACGUGUGUCACUCUCGAAAUCCAGCGUGCGAUCGUUGUCCUUUGCGAACGCGAUGCCCGGCGGCGCCCCGCGCGGUUGAAAUCGACAUAGAAUAG